UCCUCUUCCUCUAUAUAAAGGAGUUAGGAGGCCCAUCCUUCCCCCCAACCUCAUCAUAACCCUUCCUUCCUUCACUCAUCACCAUCAUCAUUCAUCAAUUAAGUGUUGGCCACUACCUAGCUCUAGCUCUUCCUCCACCACCACCACCAUUCCUAUAUACUAUGCAACUUUCCUUACCACUCACUACUAAAAACACUCUUUCCCUUGUUCUUCUCCUCGUAUCUCUCCUUUGGUUCUUCUUUUUGUACCUCUUUCAAUGGCGUCAAUCCAGAUACAAACAUCUACCACCUGGUUCCAUGGGUUGGCCUUACAUAGGAGAAACGCUCAUGCUUUACAGUCAAAACCCAAAUACCUUCUUCUCCAAGAGGCAGAAAUGGUACGGUGACAUAUUUAAGACCCACAUAUUAGGAUGUCCUUGUGUGAUGAUCUCAAGCCCCGAAGCAGCGAAGGCUGUACUAGUGACUCGAGCCCAUUUGUUUAAGCCAACGUAUCCACCAAGCAAGGAGAAGAUGAUAGGACCUGAGGCUCUAUUCUUCCAUCAAGGAGACUAUCAUUCUAAGAUAAAGAAGUUGGUCCAAUCCUCCUUUCUUCCAUCUGCCUUAAGAGGAUCUGUCUCUGAUGUCGAGCGGAUUGUGCUUAAACUUCUUCCUUCUUGGGAGAACAAAACUGUCAACACACUACAAGAGAUGAAGAAGUUUGCUUUUGAUGUGGCAAUACUUUCGGCAUUUGGUGGCGGUUGGGAGGUCGAGACUGAGCAGAUAAAAAAUCUGUAUCAUUGCUUGGAGAAAGGCUACAAUUCCAUGCCUUUCAGCCUCCCCGGAACUCCAUUUAGCAAAGCAAUAAAGGCAAGGAAGCUUCUCAACGACACUCUGAAGAGAGUGAUAGAGAAGAGAAGGGAAAGCAACAAGCAAGGUGGGGGUUUAUUGGGAGUGUUAUUGGGAUCUAAAGAUGACAAAUUGAAUCAUCUUAGCGACUCUCAAGUUGCCGAUAAUAUAAUUGGAGUAAUAUUUGCUGCUCACGACACAACUGCAAGUGUACUCACAUGGGUGCUCAAGUACUUGCAUGACAAUGAAGAACUCCUAGAGGCUGUUACGAAGGAACAAGAAGGAAUUCGACGAAGAAUAAUCGAAGGGAAUCGUAGACUGACGUGGGGUGAUACGAGAAAGAUGCAGUUAACUAGCCGGGUGAUUCAAGAGACUCUAAGAAGAGCGAGUAUCUUGUCAUUCACGUUCAGAGAAGCCGUUGAAGACGUAGAGUUUGGAGAGUAUUUAAUCCCCAAAGGAUGGAAGGUUCUUCCUCUAUUCAGAAGCAUUCAUCACUGUGCAGAUUUUUUUCCUCAGCCAGAAAAAUUUGAUCCUUCAAGAUUUGAGGUGCCACCCAAACCUAAUACGUACAUGCCAUUCGGGAACGGUAUCCACUCCUGUCCUGGCAGUGAGUUGGCCAAGCUUGAAAUGCUCGUCCUCCUCCACCACCUCACCACCACGUACAGGUGGAAGGUUGCCGGAGAAGACGAUGAAGGAAUUCAAUACGGUCCCUUCCCUGUGCCGAAAGGAGGAUUGCCUAUAAGGGUAAACUCCAUCAACGCCAAUGUGAUGGACUGAUGGAUCAUCCUAAUUCCAAUGCAUAGAAAGAGCGAGGCAUGAUGGGUCUCGACGUCGACUAUGGUCCGAUCUCCGAUAGGUGUCACCGGGCACAGGUUAGCGGCGGGAGGCCGGCCAACUAAUGCCAACCCCGCCCAUUGAUUCAUUAUUCUGGGUUUUUUUUUUUCUAUUUCAUUUAUAUGUGGGGGUGUGUGUUUCUUUGCAAACUAGAGAUGUGUGUGGUGUGUAGUUGUGCAGUGUAUGCGGACAAACAAUGAAUGAAAGAAACAAAAGAAAUUGUAAAUUAUUUUUGCAAGCGUGCUUCGCAAAAUAAGAAGUUUAAUCGCGGCUUUCUUCCUCU